AUGACCCCCCUCAGUCCAAAAAAGAGGAGUAGUGAACUGUGUGAACGGUACAUUUACGGAAAGUACCAGACAUCUUACAGAUCCACAAGAGAACAGAGAGAAAGGACCAGGUCCAUCCUCGCUCGUCAGACUCGAUCGAGACAGAGACAUGAACAGACAGUCGCAAGCGACCGAGAAACAAUAUUAAGAACCAGGCUUGUGUAA